GUUUGCAAUCCAUCAUUUCCAUGCCACACUUUCAAGCAGGGAAAUGAUUGCUACCUUGAACUUAAAGCCAAAAAAGGGAAAUGAUAUAUCUGCAAACGCACAGAUAUUCAGGAUGUGGCUGCUGUUUCCUAUCAUAAACACGUGACCUGAGUUGGUAGUUGUUUUUCCACACUGCAAAAGAAAGACAUCCAGUUUAGGUGAUAUUUUUGGGUCACUGAAAGAUACAAUGACCUUCCUGACAAGCUGGAUUCCUGUCCUAACUACGUUUCUGCUUCUUUUAUAUUUCUGGAGAGCAAAGGUCUCUGCCUCUGGAACAUCCGAGGAGGAUGUAAUAGACCCCAAGUAUGUUAUCAUAGGAGUUACCCUGGGAGCCUUCCUAGCAUUUGGUUUUUUAGCACUAAAGAUCUGCAUGAUCAAAAGGCAAUUGAUUGACAAUGACUUUGUAGAUUCAGACAACAGAGUGGAUAAAAGGUAUCUGUUGUCUUUGCUAGGCCCUGUGGCGUUGCCAGUAAGGCUGGUGAGAUACAGCUUGCUCUUAUAAAGAACCACAUUCACCACAAAAUAGACACACACACACACACACACAUUCAUUACCUUUGAAAAGUGGCUUGUUUCUUAAAUAUUGAGUUAUCCCUUUUAUUUGUCACUGUCACAAUCUUGCACUGUCUCCUUCUCUGGAUGGACAUCACUCUGUUGAGGGGACCCGACCGCCGGAUCCCAUGCACUUUUAAGCCCCCUGGGUCUGGUUAGACCCAAGCCACUGUUCCUAGCUCUGGGUCUUUGGCACAAUCCCAGCACAAACCCUAUGUCUGCCAGCUUUCCUUGGGAUGUGGGACUCCACAGCCCAGACACCUGAAUUCCCAAAAUCAGUGCUCCAGCCUUCCCAAGCCCCCAGUUGCUGAGAGCUCUACCUUACUAUGAGCACUCAGAGCUUCUUAACUAACCCCUUCAAGAACAACAUGGCAGGCAAGCAAGGAACACACAUCACUUUUACUCUCAGGAAAGCACAAGAGAGAUACAGAUCUUUGCAAAACAAUCAACAGUCCCAAGGCACACUUCCCCCAUCCCUUCUGUGAGUCAAAGGUCCGGUCAGCUUUUCAUGCAGAAUCCCUCUUACCCUCUCUCCCUCCCUCCCUACAGCUGGGCUUCUGAUGUGGCAGAGGACAGCUUCCCCCCCGCCCCCCAUUUUCAGAGAGCAUCCCCCUCUCUGGUGUUGUUUGCCAUGUGCCCAGACUGCAAAAUUUGGACCCCCACAGGCAUGUGAGUCCCACAUGAAGGAAACCCGUGUCCCCUGAGGCAGGCCAGUCCUCAUGUGUCAUUCAAAGCUGAUUGACCUCACUGGCUCUUUCAUCAUCCCUCCUUGGCAAUGCAGCAUGUGGAACAGACUGACCUUCUCAAGGUCACACUGACAUUCCCACACAGAAUGACACGGAGCAGUUUAAAUGGAAGGCACAAAACCAAACAAAGUUCACAGUUUGGGUCAGACAUGUCACAAUCAUCAUCUAACUUAAUUCCCCAAUGGAACUGCCCUGAUGAAUCAGCUAUUGGUCGGCUCUCCUCACACACAUCCCUGCCAUUCCUGAGAGCAAGGAGGCAGGGGGCAGUCUAGAGUGCGGGCAGACUGGUGUGGAGCUGUGGAAAGGCAGAGAAGAUGCUCUGGAGAAGAAAUCAAGAGACCACAAGCCCUGCCUUGCUUUUCCUGCCCACAGACACCCUGUGGUUUGCUGCCCCGGCCCUGCCCUCUGAAGAUCCACAGGAAGUUCAACCGGUCCCUGAUGGCAGGGGUGAGUUAAUAGCUGCCGGCCUCCUUCCACCCCACCAUUCAUUCUCCUCCUUGGCCCCAGCAGCCCUGCUCAUCCCCUUGUGUGCACGUGACUUUCUCACUUCCCCACUGUAACCUCCACUUCCCGGCUUAUCUCCCAUAAGGAGCACUUGAAAUAUUGCUGCUUCACUGCAUACUGACUGAGCUACCCUCCCCAUUCCAGCCUCAACUCCCCUCCAGAGCAUCCCACUGCCCGUAUGGCUUCCCCACUCUCAUGGUUACAGGGCUAGAUGCUCCUCUGUCCUCUCUAGUCUCACUGAGUGCAUCCCCUCAGCUGUCAGGUCCCAUGCCUUUACUCCUCACACAAUUCUCCCACUCUUAGACUGGGCCCUGGGCUACAGCACCCAUGUAUCAGUCGUGGUUAACCAGCAGCUCCAACUGAGUUCUGGCACCUGUAGUGCUUCCCUCUAUGGGGGUCUGUGACCAGUGGUGGGGAAAGAAACAACCCCAGAUUUCCUAAAAACCAGGCUAGCAGGAGGUCGAGCCAGAAUCCUCAGAGCCAAGGGCUCUGUCAUUGUCCCUUAAACAUUGUCAAGUGUUUGCUGAAGGACGACUUACCUUGAGCCAUUCUUUUGCUUCCUGCUUGUUUUUCCUCACAGCACCCUGUUAAACUAAACCCUGAUAUUCACACAAUAAAUAUCCCAAUAACUAGUACAACAUACAGUAUUCUUAAGUUAUUGCCACACAGCUCCACGUAAGUUACUCCCCCGCCCCUCCUGUUGGCCUCCAAAGGGGACAGGUGAGGGACUUGGCUCUGUCAACCCACAGGUCAUCCUGCAGUGAGGAGCUCCACUCUGCCAAACCAUAGGAAGGUGGACAGAGCAGAGGUCCCCUCUGAUGAGCCAUAGGCUGCUCUACAGAAAGGGGCUUCUCUAAGUUUCUCCCCACCAAGCCUUCUCCCGUUCCACAGGGCUGAAGGGCUCCUUUUCCCCAUCAGAAAGUUUGUGAAAUACAAAAUGCAAAUCCCCUAUGGCCUGCUUCAGCUACAAGACUUCCCUUCUUCCUACCCCGUCCCCAUACAUUAGCCCCUAACAAGCACAGGGGGCAGACGAGAGGAAGAGUUGCUGCCCAUUGACCCAGAGCAUGUGCACUUGCACUGCUGCUAAUGAGGAGACAUGUUCUGUGUCUGACAAACUUCCUUUGCCUUGCAAGAGGGAAGUCCUGCUCUGAUGAGCCUGAUUCCCUAUUGAGCGCUGGAGGAAUUGGAGGGAAGCCAUGCGCGGUAGCAUAUGUAAUUUUCUAAUACAGACUCUCUGAACACAUAUAUCAGAAAUUAAGCUGAAUGCAUAAUAUCCUUAGCCCAGUCAAGUGCCACAUAAUACAUGUCACCGUGAAUAAACAUAUUUAUUAGAAAAUUAGAGAACAAUCAAAAGGACGCAAUAUAUAUAAAAGAAAUGUGCAGAUGCAGUAAGAAAUAACUAUCCAACCCAUUCACAUAUACAUAUUGCAGAAACAAAAAUUAAAUAUCCCUGCUAUACAGAGGCCAUGUUGCCUAGUGGCUAGAGAACUGGACUGGGACUCAGGAGAGCUGUAUUUUAGUCCUGGUUCUCACUCUGGCCCGCUGAGUGACCAUGGGAAAAAAAUCACCAUGCCUCAGUUUCCCGAUCUGUAAAACGGGGAAAAUACCAAUUAGCUUCUUUGUAAAAUGCUUUGACAUCUACUGAUGAAAAGUACUGUAUACGAGCUAGGUAUUAUUAUUAUUAUUUAUUUAUUACAUCGCACACUUUAAUGAGGACACCAAGAUUUUCACUGACCUGGGAAACGUGAGGGUUUAAACAGAAUUACUACAACAAUUCAUAGUCAAAUCUGAUUGUUCAGGUCGGCUGGUCGUAGGUGCCUCCAGCACCACCACAAAAUGCACUAACUACUCCUGACCUUUUCCUAAUGUCAACAAUGUGCUGCUGCCACCUUUCUUUUUGUGGAUGCUAGUACUGUACUCCUCCAGCUAACCUCUCCCAGAUCUUUUCCAACAGCACAAUUCAGACUCUAUUCCAUCGUUGCUGUCAAAUGUCUCUCUCUAGCCCUACUUUACCCAUUACCUCUUAUCUGUUCUGGCUCCACAUGAGGGAGGACAUGAUACCACCUCAAAAUAUAUCAGGCCAGAUCCUCAGCUGUGUCAGUCAGCAUAGUUCUAUUGGCUUCGCCAGGGAGGAUGUGGCCCAUCAUUACUAAGCAUACAGCCCAUAGUAAGGGGCAGUGCAUAGAGGAUCCCUCAGAGGUACUGUGCCUCAGAGAUGCACAACUCUUUGUGGGGCUCCCUGCUUGUAUGGGGGAUGGACAGAGUAAUUUCUUAUACCCUUUUGCAGGAUGCAGCAUACUUCAGUCAUGCGGCCACCAGUUCCACUGGCUAGAGUGGGUGGGUGGCAGAGCCAUGGUUCCACCUAAUCUUUGCCUCUCCUUGUCCCUUGGGGGGAGCAUCCGGGCUGCCACUCCUCUGCUCCUUUGGCUGCUGGGGUUGCAUUUGUGGCUGGAUCUUACACAGCUGCGAAAGUUAGAAGAAUCCUUAUUCCUUCCCUACUGCACUGCACAGCCACGUAAGGGCUAGUCAUGAUGUAGCCCUAGAUCACUAAUCCAGGGAUUAGUCCAAACAUUUGCUGAGGCAGAAGAAGAAAAUACAUUUUGUCAAACUGAGAAGAACAAGAGGGUCCUGGGGGUAAUUGCUCAGAACAGAUGUCAGAAUAUGACAAAACCUUGGGUACCACUGAUUUCAGCAACCCUGCAGGAGCUUUUCACUUCCCUGGAGCUGCCACGGUACAAACAUGCCAAAUACUUUUCGAGGAAAUCCAACCACAUGCUCCUAAAAGACACACAAAUUAAAAAAAAACCAAACCAAAAUGAAAAAUACAAUUUCAACUCCCACACCUGAACGCGGCUCAUUUUCAGCAAGCCACAGAUUCAUAGCAUCAUUGAUGUUAAGGCCAGAAGGGAUAAUCAUCUAGUUUGGACUCCUGCAUAAGACAGGCCGUAGAACCUUACCCAGUGAUUCCUGAGUCAAGCACAUAACUUCUGGCACAGCUCAUACAUAGCUUAAGAAAAAGGCACUAUUGUUUCAGACUGACUCUGAGUAGACUUUUUUUCCUCAGCCAGUAAGAGUCUGUAUAUCCUCCUGUACUGUCCUGUAUUUCCAAUCAGAACAUUUUCACCCUGUACCCUUGUCUCUAUCUGGCUCUUGCUCUCUCUUGAUGUGCUCAUCUGAACAAAUUUGUGUUAAACAUCAGCAAUUCUAAGUUUUCAUUUCUUUUAAUUAGCACUAAUAAUUGUCUAGCUUCUUAUUCAGCCCAAUAUAUACACUUUGCUCUCUCACACAACACGUUUUUCAAGUUUUUAACAGCAAGUUGAAAGAGCUAAACAACACACAAGAUUGGAGUGAUGGCAAGAAAAUUGUUACAUUCAAAUACCCACUACCAAGAGCAAUGUGGAAGAAACCAUCAACCUCCAACCACCAACCCAUUUAUCAUUGCCCCAU